UAAUAUUUUAAUAAUUUCGAGGUAAUGCAAAGAACCAGUGAGUAGUUCUCAUUAUUUAGAUUCGGUGAGGAAAAAAUUUCAUAAUUACUUCAUCUUUAUUGCAGUUGCUGUUUCAACUUCCUCAUAUUCUCUUUCUACUCCAGAACGAAGUUUUCUUUUGAUAAACCGAUCUUGGUGACAUACCAGUGAUGGAUUCAGCCGAUUCCGACAUGGAGUUGUCGGAUAUGAUGUUUGCCGACAGUGAAGAACCUGAUGGGAUCCAGUAUUUACGCUUAACUCCUUUCGGUAAGAUUGUCGAAAUAGCUGAGAAACCAGCUUUUUCUGGGAGGUUUGUUAGAUUUCUGCUUUCUAGACAGUUAAAAGUUGAAAAAAUCCACGAGGCUUGGUUUCGAUUUGCCGGGAAACCGAUACGAUUUUCUUUGCGAGAAUUUUCUAUUGUGACUGGUCUUCCAUGUGGUGAAAUUCCGGCGAAAUCGAAGGUGAAGAAGAAGCGUACACUUAAAGAUAAACCAUAUUGGGCGGAGAUGUUUGGUACAGUUGAAGAUUUGAGCGUUUCCAGAGCUGUGAAGAUGCUCCGUAAAAAUUCUGUAACGGAUAAAGAUAUGCGGCAGAAACUCGCUUGUCUCGCCAUUCUGUCCUCUGUCUUGCUUUCGACAAACUUGAAGAUGAAGAUGCUUAAAGAAUAUGCAGAGCUAUUGAGCUAUUGGGGGAUCUUGAAGAUUUUUUUGCUUUUCCAUGGGGCCGUUUGGCGUUCGACAUGCUUAUGAUCAGUAUAAAGAAUAGAGAUGAGGUUUCCCUAUCACAAGAUACGAUCGCACUUAAAGGUUUCGCUCUAGCUCUUCAGCUUGUGAUUGUUGAAGCUGUUCCCUCAUUGACCGAGGUUGUUCAAGAAGCAUGCUCAUCCUCUGACUCUGACAGUGAGGAUGAAGAGAUUGAGGGUAUGAUAUAUAAGCCGAAGAAGCAGACGUUGGAUCCUGCCCAUGCCCGUGAAGUAGACAAAAAGUGUGAGGUCCUUGUGAGGAGUAUCAUUCCAGACGAUCCCGCACGCCCCGUUGAUGAGUCUGUGCUGAAAUGGGCUGAUGAAGUUUAUGAUGUUAAAGUAGAAAAUCUGCUGAAGCUCAUUUCUCUGAAUCAUGUGUUCAGAGGAGGAGCAACGAAAUUAGAUGUUCAGAGGAUGCGCGAGAAACCAAAAGCACCGGGGAGAAAGAAGCGGGCUAUACAGAAGGAUAAAUCGUCUACUGCGGUUGAUGAAUCAAGAAUUAUCGCUAUUGUAAGUGGUCUAUUGAAACCAGAGAUAGAGAGGGUAGAUGGUCAUGUGGCAUCGGCUCUUUCAUCUGUUCGAGACGUUUCAUCCGCUGCACUUUCCUACCAAGCCAGUGUUGUUUCUUCGGUGGAGGCAAUGCUCAAGGCUUUUAAAAAGGACAUCCUGACAUCGGUUGGGAAUGCGAAUGGCAAAGGUUGUGUAGGAACAGAACCUACUACUCCCCCCCGCUGACACCACAUUCAAAGGAGUGACCUCUGCAAAUCUCUCGGUAGGUGGUCCCGAUGCUAAUGAUGCAAUUAUAGUAAAUGUCUUGGACAAUAUUAGCCAUUGCUCCACCCCUCCAGGGUCUGCGGAUCGUUCUGCUCUUUACGAAGGAAGAUCCCGUUACGUGCGAGGGGAAUUGACUUCUUGCCCACGUAUGGACAAUGAAAAUCAUGGGGUAACUGCCUUUUCGGCAAAUAGUAAGACUAAUGAGCAGAUUGAACCCGCGGGGACUCCGUCUUUUUCUUUGGGUUUUACUCAGGAUCAACCUCCUCCUGCGCCUGUGGUUGAUGAUGAGAUGGGUGACAAUGGCGAUGGAGAUAGAUGUGAGCCAGUUGUUGACACGAAGCCACGUCGCACAAGCAAGAGGCUAAGACUUGUGCCUCCGCCAUUGAUAACUGACUAUCAGUGCGAGACAGCUAUUCUCAACCGUGCACGGGAAAGCAAAUUGGUGGGUUCCAACUAUUAUGAGCUGCCUGUUAUUCGGGGGAAGUUUGCUAAACUGUCCAGCAUAGUUAAGAAACCAUGUGUGAUAAAUGUUGCUGGAUUGUCUGUGACUGCGAAGGACAUUACUGAUAUUGCAGAAAGGACUCGACCUUUGUCGGCCAAGGUAUGUUCAUGUAUGCAUGAAGUUGUUUGCAUUUUGAUGUUUAUAUAUAGUGUUAAAAGUUAUAGCUUCAACUUCCAUUUUUUAAUGAUAGUUCCAUAAUGACUCCAUUUUUUAAUGUAAUUUUUUACUAUAGUUGGUAAAUAUAAGGACUCCUUAGAUUUUGAAUUAAUCCUACAAGUUGGCCUACUUUUAUCCUUCCUAUGGUAAUAUGUAAACUAUGAUUAUUUCAUGUUUUUGAUAUUCUCAUGCGGGUGGUGAGAUCAACAUGCUACUCCCAUGUGGGUUGCAGUGGUAGCACAAAACCUGAGUUCCUUGAUAGUAGGUUUGUCUCGAUGCUGUGUAGGAGCUACGAGAGGUUCAGAAAAUCAAAGACGAAAGCGUCUUAUGUGUUCCUUAAAGGUUUGGUUGAUUGUGCUGUUAAGAGUUGCAGCUCUGGGAAUGCCUCUACACGAUUCUACCUCCCGCUACAUGUUCAGAAAAAACACUGGAUUGGGUUAUGUGUGGAUUUUACCGAUGCCAAGAUUUAUGUUUUUGAUUGCAACCAAGCUGUGCGUAGUGAUUCCGAGUUGACGCAGGAUCUUCUACCUAUAUCGGAUAUGUUUCCGUAUCUAUUAAAGUUUAGUGGUCUUCUUGCGGUAUCUGGAAAUAAGCCGCUUUGUGCAGAAAGAAUCAAAGGUGUUGCCCUAAACAACAACUCACCCGACGCUGCGCUCACAGCUGCAUUGCUUAUUCAGACUCAUGCUUUGUUCGGAGUUGAAAUAUGCAGUUAUUACUGAUGAGGCACAGCGGGCAGCUGUGAUGGUCUACGAGUUCCAUGAGAAGCUUUAGUCAAGUUGGUGCAUUGUGUUGUAUUUUUAUCUCGUAGUUUCUACACUUUUGUUAUUAUUUCCGGUUUAUUCUAUGUUUCCCUCUUGUCUUUUUCAGUGGCAAAACGUUCUAAGUUUUUACCCUUUAUGGGAACCUCAUGUAAAAUAG